AUGGAUGACUACGACCCAUUCGACGGCGACGAGGAUGCUGCGCUGCGCCACGCAAUCGCCUUGUCCCUCCAGGAGGCGGACGAGCCCGGGAAGCCCGUCGAGCUGAGCUCCGACGACGAUGAGGAUGAUCUGGAGCGGGGUCCUGCGUACCCGCCCACCCCGAAAAGGGCUGCGAAGGAGGUCGAAGAGAGCGCCCCCGCAACAGGUACUACUAAACCCUCGUCAUCUUCUUCUUCUCAGAUGACCCCGUCGGCGCAACAGCCGGCAGCUCCUGCGGGUGGUGGCAGUGGCGGCCUCUCAGCAUUCGGCCUCGACAGGAAGAAGAUGGAGGAAGAGCGGCUUGCGAGGGCUGCGAAGCGGAAGAUGCCCCAUGGUCCGGACGAAUUGGAUGGUCAAGAGGACCGUCGGAGGCGCGUGAAGCUUGAUGCGGCACCUGGUGCUGCUACUGCUACGCCCGUUGUGCCUGCUGUGCCCGCAUAUUCUGGACCUGGGCAGAAGGGCGCUGCUCAGGGAAACGUCAGGGGUCUACCAUAUCCCAAAGGUGUCGUCAAGAAGACUUGGGCGCGCGGGUAUCCACGCAAGGACGAUAUCAAUAUCGAAGAGGUGCUACAGAAAGAUGAGCUGGAGCUGGCGAUGAUCAGUUCAUUCCAGUGGGACGAGGAAUGGAUGUUGUCCAAGAUCGAUAUCAAGAAAACGAAGAUGGUGCUUGUUGCUUUCGCAUCGGGCGAAGCCCAGUGGGGCGAAACAGGAGUCAUGGAAAAUGUCGUCUUCUUGAUUGACCUUCCUCUCAUUGAGGAUGAAUCACGCUGGUCGUCCAACACUCUGACCAACUUUGGCGAGGAACUUCGCUACUUCCUACAAGCUCAAGGUUUGGACGGCAGCUUGGUAAAUAGCCUCAGAAAGUAUGAUUUCUCGGAAACAGACCGUUACAGACUCGUUCACACGAUCGGUCAAACACACGUGGGCGAAAGUUGGCAGCGGACGGGUUAUUGUGGUCUCGGCCGCGCUGUAACGUCGCUCGGGCUUGGAACUUCAUCGGAUAUCGAUGUCGAUUUCGUGGUUGCAUCGCUCGGGUCGGUAAACGCCGACUUGUUGGGAUCAAUCUAUAACGCUGCACAAGGUGACAAUGGAAUGAAAGAAUAUGAGGAGAGGAAGCAGAGAGUCGGCAAGAAGAAGAAGACUUCAGCGGAGAAUAUGCCAGCGCUCGCCACCAGGUUCCGCAUAUACUUCCCAUCCCAGGAUACUGUGGUCCAGAGCCGCGGCGGAAAGAAUGCUGGCGGCACAAUCUGUGUCCAAAGCAAGUGGUGGGAUUCCCCCAGCUUCCCUAGAGAACUGAUCCGUGAUUGCAAGAGCGUCAGGCCGGGUCUCUUGAUGCACAGCAAGAUCAUGUUCGUGCGCCAUGUUCAGUCUGGGGAGUCGAAGGCUGCUUGGGCGUACGUCGGAAGCGCGAAUCUCUCCGAAAGCGCGUGGGGUCGUCUGGUCAAGGACAAAGCGACCGGCCAACCCAAGCUCAACUGUCGCAACUGGGAAUGCGGAGUGGUGAUCCCUGUACCCGCCGAGGCCACGGCAGGGGGCUCGUCUCACACAGACCUAACCGCCUUCGAGAACAGCAUCCCGGUGCCUAUGACGGUGCCCGGCGAUGCCUAUGGUGCUAGCGCAUCGAAGCGGCCCUGGCUUUUCCUCGAGAAUUGA